ACAAGUGUUCAUUGUGCAAAUUUGUUGUUUUCAAUAAACAUUAGGAAACGAAAUAUAGUUUACACGUUGUCAAUAAUAUAAGCCAACCCUGUCUGAAUUGCCCCAUUGUUGCGCAAGAGUCGGUAUUAGAAACAGCUCCUUUAAGAAAGUCAGUUGAUGCAAAGUAAAAGUUCCAAGGAGGAAAUAGGAAGUCAGUCUCAAAUGUCAACACAACAAUCAAAGCUCAAAGAAGAGGAACUGACAGAACAUUUAAGACCUUUAGUACAAUGGCGGGUAUUAAAGCGCUGGUUGGGUUGUCCUUCAGUGGAGCCAUUGGCUUGACAUUCCUCCUGUUGAGCUGUGCCUUGGAGCAAUAUGGGGUGUACUGGCCCCUCUUCGUCCUUUUCUUCUACGUACUCUCUCCUAUCCCCACCUUUAUAUCCAGAAGGCUCAGUGAUGACAGUGAUGUGGCCAGCAACGCAUGCAGAGAGCUGGCAUACUUCUUCACUACAGGAAUUGUGGUAUCUGCAUUCGCGCUUCCCAUCAUAAUGGCCCGGGUUGCAGUAAUCCAGUUGGGGGCCUGUGGCCUGGUGAUGGCCGCCAACGUUGUCAUCUUCCUCACCAUCCUUGGCUUCUUCCUGGUGUUUGGAGGGGGAGACGACUUUAGCUGGGAGUAGUGGUAGACCGUCUGUGAAUCUCUGGCCAAACAGAGCCACAAUCCCAAAUGGACCCCUAGACCCUAUGCACUUGUGGAGAUCUGAGAGGAUUUGACAGGUGUAAGUAAUAUGGUAAUAGCUCCAUCUUGCCCUCUGAUAGGCUUGCUAGGUGGAAGUUUCACCAUAUUGCUUAUACCAGUCAAAUCUUCUCUGAUCUCCACAAGUGCAUGCGGUGUAGGAUCUAGGGGUCGAUUUGAGAUUAGGCAAUCUGAAGACUGGAUAGGUAUAAGCAUGUGGUGAAAUAUCACCAAGGGAAGAGUGGUUGUUUCUGGACAGGACCCACCUCUCUACAAUCAUGUAUGUAUGUAUGUAUGUAUGUAUGUAUGUAUGUAUGUAUGUUACAAAACUAUAGUUUGUUAACAAGAAAUUUGUGAAGUGGUUGAAAAUGAGUUUUAAUGACUCCAACUGUAUGUAUGUAUGUAUGUAU